AUGAGUUCGGACAAUGAUACUGAUUCAACUGUCAUAACAUCUGUUGGUUUCGUCACACAGGUGGUAAACAAACAGCAGAAAUACGAGAUCUUAUCGCGAACUGCGGAUACUUCUGAGGAUGCUGGUUUAUGGUCUUCAAGUCUUUUGACACGUCGGAGUCGAUACUUAUGCUUUACAACAGAAAAUGCAAAUACAUGUCCUGCACCGAAACCAGUUCUUGUAAAUCUUGUGCUAAUCGACGACGGUGAUCGUAUUCCUGAUAACCAUCAAGCAGUGUAUAAUACAUUAGAUACAGGUGAACGUGCUCUUAAAAGAAAGAUUCUAUGCGCUAGAUAUUUACCGCGUUUAUCAACUUCUCAUGCAAUUACCAAAUUAUCUAUAUAUAGUCGUGCCCGUGCUCCAGUUCCUGGUUUUACACGUGUUGGGGAUAUUAAUUCACUGAAUAUUUGGUGUAAACAUGGUGAUAUUGGCUCGUUAGAUAAAGCUGGUGGAACAUCGAAACCAUCUGUUCCGAGUAGACCAUUCACUUAUGGUAGUAAUCGCAAUUAUCCAAACUUAUUGUCGUUAGCAUCACAAGCCGACAAUAGUCAUGCAUUUGCUACUACACGUCGUGGGACAGUACAUCCUUUGUCGGGAAUUCCUUUUGAGAUAAACAAACGUUAUCUUGCUGACGAAAGCAUAGAAAAUAGAACGUCAAGUAUUACUUCAUUGUACAAAACAUAUGACCAAAUUGAUUCAGAGUUUUGUUACCGUUUUGAUCAGGAACGAUUUUUACUUGCCACUUCAACUUGA